AUGGCUCUCCUACGCAUGCCCUCCCCGCCAGAGACCAUGGCCGAUGCCACCGAGGCCGAAUUCCUCUCACGCCUGCAACUCAAUCUCGACCUCGAGCACGACCGCAGACGAUACCACGCCAUGAAGGCCGACAUCUUCCAGGGCUGCCAAAGAAUCUGCUACGACCGUAGCUGCCUCCUCCCCUACUUGCGCAACGACGCCUCCAUCCGCCCGCCCUUCAUCUGCACCCAGAUCACCGAGGGCGCGCUGCACGCCGAGGCGCGCCGCAUUUACCGCACCUCGCACCCGGACAUCCAACGCAUCUACGAUCUCGGAGGCGACGAGGGGAGCGCGAGUCGCGGCGCCGGCGGCGAUGGCAGUAACCGUGAGCAGGAGAAUUGGGUGAUUCGCUGGUUGUUGUGGCGGACGUUGUUGGCGGGCGCCGAUGGGGAUGGAGAGAGCGCCGCGCUGGCGGCGAGGAGUAAGAAUGCAGCCGGAGGGGGCGUCGAUGGAAGCAUUGCCGGCCGAGCGAAACAGACGUAUUGGGAUCCCGCGAGGGAGUCAUGGUCGCCGGACAGGGAGAGGAACCAGAGCGCUGCGACCGCUGGUGCCGCUGAAGCUGCGGACAGUUCGAGCAAAUGA